CUCCGGAUUCCUGGCAUUUUGGUCCCAAUCUAAACAGACUCAUAAAUUCUUUCCGCUUUUUCUUUUUUAAUUAUCCCCAAAAUAAAACUUAAAAACAAUUUUUAUAUCCAAAAUUUCCAUCUAUAUAAGCUCAAGCAUCUUUGCUUACCCCUUCAGCAUAUUCUCGUUUAGUCUCCCUACAAGUGUAAGUUUUUCCUUUGCAGUUGUCAGCUAUGGCUAAAACCAUAAUAACCACUCUCCUCUUCGCCCUCUUUUCGUCCUUAUCCUAUGCAAUUGACAUGUCCAUUAUAGAUUACAAAAAUAACCAACACGUUGGUAACAUGAAAAAAUGGACAUGGCAAAAUGAUGAGGAGGUGAAGGGUAUUUACGAACUAUGGCUGGCAGAGCAUGGGAAAGCAUAUAAUGCUCUGGGAGAGAAGGAAAAAAGAUUUGAGAUUUUUAAGGAUAAUUUGAAGUUCAUUGAGGAACAUAACAAUUCUGGGAAUCGUACGUACAAGGUAGGAUUGAACCAAUUUGCUGAUCUCACGAACGAGGAGUACCGGACCAUGUAUUUGGGCACCAGAAGUGACGCUAGGCGCCGCUUUGUUAAGUCCAAAAACCCAAGCCAUCGUUACGCUUCUCGGCCCAACGAGCUGAUGCCUCAUUCUGUGGAUUGGAGGAAGAGAGGCGCCGUUGCUCCUAUCAAAAAUCAAGGGAGUUGCGGGAGUUGUUGGGCUUUCUCAACAGUGGCAGCAGUCGAAGGCAUAAACCAGAUUGUAACAGGGGAAAUGAUCACACUAUCCGAACAAGAACUUGUAGAUUGCGACAGAGUCCAAAACUCUGGUUGUAAUGGUGGCCUUAUGGACUAUGCCUUUGAGUUCAUCAUCUCCAACGGUGGCAUUGACACUGAAAAUCACUACCCUUAUUGCGGCGUUGAAGGCAGAUGUGAUCCUGUUCGGAAAAAUUAUAAGGUUGUUAGCAUAGAUGGUUACGAAGACGUGCCUAGAAAUGAAAGAGCACUUCAGAAAGCUGUCGCACAUCAACCUGUUUGCGUAGCAAUUGAAGCAUCUGGCAGGGCUUUUCAGCACUAUUCCUCGGGCGUGUUUACGGGAGAAUGUGGAGAACAAGUUGACCAUGGUGUGGUGGUGGUUGGCUAUGAUAGUGAAGAUGGAGUGGAUUAUUGGAUUGUAAGGAAUUCAUGGGGUACAAAGUGGGGAGAAAAUGGCUAUGUCAAAAUGGAGCGUAAUGUAAAGAAGAGUCACUUAGGCAAAUGUGGAAUUAUGACGGAGGCUUCUUAUCCCACUAAGGAUAGCGGCAUAAAUAAACGUACUACUUCAAACGAAGAAAAGAUUAGCAGUAUCUGAACAACUCUGAUCCUCUCAGCUGUCUUGCGUAGCGGGAUUUCAUAGCUAGCUAUGUGAUGUGUUAUGAUGUUUGUUGUAGUUGAUUAUUAAAUAUUGUAAAUAUUUCCAAUUUCAGGGGGCAUUGUACUCGCAAGAACAAUAGUUGGGUAUUUGUUGCAAAUGCAUUUCUGUUGUUGUUUUGUUUAAUGAAAGUAUCUUUGAUUUUGUCUGUU